AUAUGGUUCGUCAACCAAUGAGUUGUUUUUGCUUCAUUAUAGGCUUGGUCAUUUAUCAUUUCAGUCUAUGAGUCGUUUGUAUCCUUCCCUGUUUAAGGCGUAUUGUAAGGAAAAACUAGUCUGUGAAGUGUGUGAGUUAGCUAAGCACACUAGGUCAAAUUAUCCAAGUGUUGGAGAGAGAAGUAAGACACCUUUUGAAGUAGUACAUUCUGAUGUAUGGGGACCAUCAGCUGUAACCUCUUUGUCGGGGGACCGUUGGUAUGUUAUCUUCAUCGAUGGAUUUAGUAGAUGUACUUGGCUGUACUUGUUAAAACAUAAGUCUGAAGUAUUAUCUGCGUUCAAGGAUUUCUAUAAUAUGGUGCGUAAUCAGUACAAUGUUAAUGUGAAAGUACUUCGUUCUGAUAACGGUACAGAGUAUAUUAAUAAGGAGUUUGAUAGUUUCUUAUCUGCUAAUGGGAUUAUGCGCCAAACUACAUGUGUAAAUACAUCUGAGCAAAAUGGGGUUGCUGAAAGGAAAAAUAGGCAUCUGCUCGAGGUAGCUAGAUCUUUGAUGUUCCAGAUGAAUGUACCAAAGUUCCUAUGGGGAGAAGCUGUGAAAACAGCUGCAUAUUUGAUAAAUCGCAUGCCUUCAAGAGUACUAAACUACAAAACUCCGCUGGGGAUGUUAACUGGCAAUAAUCAUUUUAUCGUGCCACCAAAGAUAUUUGGGUGCACAUGUUUUGUUCAUGAUCACAGGAACUCGGUUGGCAAACUUGAUCCCCGUGCCAUCAAGUGUAUCUUUGUAGGGUAUUCACCUACACAGAAGGGUUACCGAUGCUGGAGCCCUACUGAAAAGAAAUUUUUUGUAGCUCGGUGUUAGUGCCAAUAAUGGACACCAUACCAUUGGACAAUGGAACAGAGGGGGAGCCAAAUCAUGACGCGGAAGCGAACAUUCAUGAGGUAUUUGAUGAUACUCCUAGUCAACAAAUUAAUACUGACCGUGAAAUUUUAUCUAUGGACUCUAUAGUGUCAUGUGAUGAGCCACUACACCAAGAGGUGACUGAUAAUGAUGGAGCUGGUGAUGAGAUACCACCAAAGGAGAUGGGUCACAGUGAAGACACAGCUCCAACUGACUGGAGAGAAGCUAUAAUGGAUCCCAAAUGGAAGGCCGCUAUGUUGGAAGAGAUGGAGGCUUUGGAGAAGAAUAACACAUGGGAAGUGGUUGAGCUACCAAAAGGGAAUGAUAUUGCAGGAAUAGAGGAGUUGAAGCAGCAGCUAAAGAGGGAAUUUGAAGUCAAAGAUUUGGGACAACUACGAUACUUUCUGGGAAUUGAAGUGUCACGAAGCUCUAAAGAAGGACUGAGAUGUAAAAGGGGAGAAGUAGAAGAAAUAAAAGAAAGAAAAGCAGAGGAGAAGAUAAGCCUCUGUUCCUCAGUUCCCAGUCUCUCUUCCUCCCGUAGAAACCUAGCCUAUAAUCCUUUGUGAUUUGAGUUGAAUCUUCUGUGAUUGCAACAGUUAUCACAAACAGCGAGGGCGGUACUUCGAUACUGACGUCGUCAGAUUUCCUCGCAAAUACAAAGGGCAGGCUCAAACAUUCACUCGAGAUAACAAUUCGUCUGCCAAACCGCCAACUGCUUCAAGGAGUCGUACAGCAUCACAGGCUGCCUUGCCGCCAACUGCUUGUUAUCACCACGGAGCACUCCCCUGUUCUUGCCGCAGCGUGCCUCGCUGACACCCUGCAGGUUGAUCCCCUCCCCGAGCUAUUCGCCGUAAGGCGUUGCUACGACUCGAGCCAACUGAUGGGCACAAGCGGGGAACUUAUUGAGAGUCCAAAUGGAGUUGAAACCGAAGGUUUCAUGUUAUCUACGUGCAGGAUCACUGCCACUGGAACCGGUGGACCUCUCGUUGAUCUCGAUGGGAAUAUUGUUGGGAUGAACUGCUACGACAACAGGGAAAUAACCCCAUUCGUGCCAAGAGACCGAAUCGCUAAAUGCUUGGCCAGUUGCUGGAUCGAACCCUAUUAUACGCCAAAAAAGUCCAGGUUAAGUCCACAAGGUAUCGUAAAUCGAGAUAGAUCAAGCGGCGGGGGAAGCGAAAACGAGAAACAGGAACCUUGUACUCCUGUCCUAUGGUGCGACCUUGAUCAAGAGCUUGCUUCAAAGCUGUCCCCCAGCGUCGUCUCCAUUGCUUCGUUCGAUGGAGAGACGCCGCAUUCUGAAUGCACAGGCAUUGUUACCGACAGCAGGCUAUCUUCUCCCGCUUUUCUGACUUCUCCAAGUUUGUAUAAAUCUGUACAUGGUAAUGACGUCCUCGCAAUGACGGUCAAAGUGUGCCUUCCAAACGGCGAAGUGGUCGAUGCAACGCUGCAGGAUCUUAUGCCUUCUUACAAUUUACUUCUUAUCACCACUGGUCCCUUGUCACGCUUCCCUGAUCUUCAGCUAGCACGUCUCAGAAACAGCAUGAAAACAGAGUCGGCUGCUGAGGUAUUAGCUGUAAGGCGGUGCUUCAAGUCAGGCAAGUUAAUGACCAACCGUGGGGCGCUGAUUGACAGUCCAAGUGGAGUUGUUAGCGAUGCGCUCAAGUUUUCCACGUGCAAAAUAACCGAGGAUGCCAGUGGAGGACCACUUGUUGAUUCUGAUGGGAAUAUCGUUGGCAUGAAUUGCUAUGACAGGGGAACAGCCCCAUAUGUGCCAAAUAGCUUUAUUUGUGAAUGCAUCGGGCCUGAUGUGUUCUGCUCUGGAAAUAAUCAAGAUGUUCGCAGUAUAACGCAAGGAAGUUCAAAUGAGAUAGAAACAUCAUCAACACCCAAUAAAUGUCCGGAAGAAGUCAUUGAUCUCGUCCAGCCAUCAUCUAUCUGUAACCCAACAAGAGCAGAACUCACUGACGAAAAUCUUAAGCGUAUACUUGAUCCCUGGCCAUCUGGUGAUAACAAUGCAUUCACAAAGAGGGUAAACAAGAUGUUGGGUGAUUCUGGCUAUCCAUUGCCAAGUUUUCAGGUUGAAGGCAUGUAUUUGAAGGGCGAUUUUGAAGAGAAAUUUAGCGAAGAUAUCUGUAGUAAAUCCGUCGAAAGAGUUGCUUCAAAGAUGUCUCAACAUAUUGUUGCACUUGCUUCUUUCGAUGACGAAGGAAGAAGAUAUUUUGCUUGCUCAGGUAUAUUGAUAGAAUGCAACAAAUCCACCACUAGAGUUCUGACUUCGGCCAGUUUGGUUAGAGCUUCUGGUACUGAAAACAAGGUUCAUAAGCUGAGGAUCGAAGUGUGCCUUCCAAGUAAGCAAUGUGUCCCUGGGUCAUUGGAACGCUAUGAUUUAAACUAUAAUAUGGCUGUUGUAAGCUUCUCGGGUGACACUAGCCAUGGUGUAGCGAAACUCGGUGAAACACUUCAAAAUAAUAAGGUAGUAGCUCUAGGGCGUGGGUUUCGAUCAGGCGAGUUAAUGGUCACAGAUGGGGUGCUGACUGGCGAACGAAGCAGGUUUGAUUGCGAAGAGCUUCAGAUGUCCACUUGUAAAAUCACCAAGGCUGGGAUUGGAGGACCUCUUGUUGAUUUUGAUGGGAACUUUGUUGGCUCGAACUUCUAUGACAUGGAAAAUACUCCUUACCUACCAAAGGGUAUAAUUCUUGAAUUCAUUAGUCAGUUCAAUGCAGGACGGACUAUUGCUGCCGAGGUUACGAAGAAGUCUAAUUCUAAUGGAUGGCCCGUGCCUGAGCCAUACUGGGUUUAUCCGACUCCUCACCGUGAACCGAGUUAUCUGUCAGACGGAUACGAAUAGAAGUCUUGUGCUUGUAUUUUAUUUGAACACCUAUGUACCUAGUUAGUGAAAGUAUUGGUGCUAGCAUGGUUACCCCAUUUUUUUUUGCAGAAAAGAGAAUGUCCUGCGCUAGCAUAGCAAUAACAUGUCAAACAACCGAGUUGCACUUCAGUAGCCUUUCAGGAAGACGCAUUCAGACGUAACCUUGUCAGUAACAGUACUAGGCUCAAAUGAACAAAUCAAUCUGAAGAGCAUCUUCUGCCACCGUUGCUGCUUCCAAUGAUUUUCAAUUUCAUUGGAAUGGCAAAAAUGCCUGAGUUGAUGGGAAAUGUGAGGAUCACAGAAAUGUGAAGGGGAUAAUUGAACGUAGUUCGUGAUCUCUUAGGAGGGUUAUGUGCAUCGGUAAUUAUCAUUCUUUUGUAAAUGGAAGACUUU